AUUUUUUUUUUCUUCGUACCCUAACUUGGACGCAGCAUAUGUCCCUCCUGUAAAAGAAUCCAUGAUUCGGCUGAGAACAAAGAUCUGAAGACUCGUACUACAAAGGACAGUAUUUCGGACGGAGCUCGGGUUUUCCCUCCUUGGAGAUAACGAUAGAAUUCUAUUAUGAGUCAAGAGGGUCCCCUGGAAGGCCUGGAAGCGAGCUCUGAGCCGCUGUGCGCCGUCUGCGGCCAGUCACACUUGCCAGAAGAGAACCAUGCCUAUAGCUACACAGAAGACAUGGAUGGUGAUCUGAUUUGCCACAUCUGCCUGCAGCCUUUGCUUCAGCCCCUGGACACGCCUUGUGGCCAUACCUACUGCACGGUUUGCCUUACAGACUUCUUAGUGGAAAAAGAUUUCUGCCCUGUGGACCGCAAAGGUCUGACCCUACAGACUUGUAGGAAAUCCAGCAUACUAGUAAAUAAACUUCUGGAUAAGCUCAUGGUUAGCUGCCCUUUCACAGAACACUGCUCAGAGGUCGUUCAGCGUUGUGAUCUUGAACAACAUUUUCAAAAUGGAUGUAAAGGAGCAUCCCAUUAUGGCCUUACUAAGGACCGAAAGCGACGCUCACAGGAUGGAUCUCCAGACUCUACUGCUGCUUUGACUGUAGCGGCUGCUGGCCCAGAGCUCUCUGCUGCUGCCUCUAUAGCUUUAAUGACAGAUGAGCCGGGUUUAAUUAAUCCAGCCUUCAGCGCCACCUCUGAGGACGGCCAGUCGGGACCCAGCUCUGCCGAUCUCAGCAGAAGCCACCAAACUAGAUCUCGACAUUUCGAACGUUCCACUAUAAGAAGCAGGUCUUCUAAGAAAAUAAAUAGAGCUUUCAGUAUCCUUCGGAGGACAAAAAGUGGUAGUGCUGUUGCUAACCGUGCUGAACGGGAACGAGAGAAUGUGGGAAAUAUGGUUGCCUCGGAGGAAGAUCCAGUGUGCCCCACACCAUUCCUUGUGCACAAAACACAAAAGCAUGCAGAAAAAUCACGAAGCAGAACCGGCAAAAGCAAGACAGAAAGUAUACUUCUUUCUAUGUUUAGCAGUUCAUCAAUAUAUAAGAAAUGGAAGUUUAAAGGGGCAAAGAAAGUGUUCCCAAGGUUAUAUCACCUCAUCCCAGAUGGUGAAAUUACCAGCAUUAAGAUCAGCCGCAGUAAUCCCAACGAACGUCUUGCCAUUCGGAUUGUAGGAGGCAGCGAAACGCCAUUGGUUCACAUCAUUAUACAACAUAUCUAUCAUGAUGGAGCCAUUGCCAGAGAUGGAAGAUUGCUCCCAGGGGACAUGAUCCUGAAGGUAAAUGGUAUGGACAUCAGAAAUGUACCACACAGGUAUGCCUUGUCAGUUCUGAGGCAGCCCUGCCAAAUCCUCCGGUUGACGGUACUCCGAGAGCAGGUGUACAAGUGUCGAAACAAUGGACUUCCUCUGGAUACUCCCUGCACCCGGGAUGACAGUGUUCAUAUUGUCCUAAAUAAAGGCAGCCCCGAGGAGCAGCUGGGCAUCAAGUUGGUCCGCAAGGCAGACGAAACGGGAGUGUUCGUUUUCAACUUGCUGGAAGGAGGCGUUGCUGCCCGAGAUGGACAGCUUCAAGAGAACGACAGGGUUUUGGCUAUUAAUGGCCACGAUCUUCGAUGUGGAAGUCCAGAGAGUGCAGCCCAGCUGAUACAGGCUAGUGUGAAGCAUGUACACUUCAUUGUGUCUCGACAAAGCAGGCCACAGACUCCGGAUAUCUUGCAGGAGGCUGGAUGGGAUUACACUGGUAGUCAUCAACCCUGCCCUGCGCACAGUAAUAGUCCUAACAAGGCUGCCCUCCAUGCAGUCACCAGUCGUGAAAAAGUGGUGGUUGUCCAAAAGGAUAACGUGGAGUCCCUGGGAAUGACCGUGGCAGGUGGUGCCUGCUCCCACAGGGAGUGGGAUUUGCCUAUUUACGUAAUAAGUGUUGAACAGGGUGGAGUCAUCAGCAGAGACGGCAGAAUCAAAACAGGUGACAUUCUGCUCAAUGUAAACGGAACUGAUCUGACGGGCGUCAGCCGCGGAGAAGCUGUAGCCCUUUUAAAAAACACCUCCUCAUCUGUAACCCUUAAAGUUCUAGAACUGAAAGAGUGUGAGAGCCUGGUGGAGGAGAGUGACUGGUCCCUGCUCAGCGCCCAUGUGAGCACCCCUGGUCCCAGUGAGUGGUCUCCUUCGUGGGUGAUGUGGCUGGAGCUGCCACGGUAUUUGUACAGCUGCAAAGAAAUUGUGUUACGAAGAAAUACAGCAGGAAACCUUGGCUUCAGUAUUGUAGGAGGACAUGAAGAAAACAACGGGAAUAAGCCAUUCUUUAUCAAAUCCAUUGUUGGGGGGACUCCAGCCUAUAAUGAUGGAAGAAUCAGGUGUGGGGACAUCCUUCUUGCAGUGAAUGGCAGGAACGUUUCUGGAAUGGUGCAUGCUAGUUUGCAAAGCAUGCUGAAGCAACUGAAGGGGAAAAUUACACUCACCAUUGUGUCCUGGCCUGGCACUUUUUUAUAAAGAUUCAUUUCAGGUG